AAAAGCUGUCUGCUACUGUCACUUAACUAUUGAUGAAGUUACGACAUAUUUCUCCACCAUUACAUAUUUCCUCUCCUUUAGCCGCUUCUUCGUGUAUGAAUUAAGAGGUGUAUAAUCGUUACGCAAGUUUUUGUUUUAGUGGACAAUGGCGCACAGCAUCAGAUUUAGGAAGAAAUUGAUGCCGAGGAGCUUUGCAGACUUCUGUGCCGUUGUGUUUAUGUGCUUUGCAAUUCCGGCCAUUUACGUAUUUGAGGUUUUCAUUGUUGCUCCAACAAUAUAUAAUGCAACUCUCAGUUUUCUCCAUGGCAUUGCUGGAACUUUUAUUGUUGCCAACAUUAUUGGUAAUUUCAUUGCAAUUAUGCUUGUGGAUACUUCAACACAAGGAUUAUUACUGCCAUCACAGGUUCCAUCUGGUUGGCAUGUUUGUGCGGCAUGUGAAAGCACAGCUCCAGCUCGAUCACGUCACUGCAACACCUGCAAUGUGUGUGUCUUGAAGAAGGAGCACCAUUGUGUCUUCACGGGCUGUUGCGUGGGCCUCAAAAACCAUAGAUAUUUUUACAUUUUCUUAUUCUACAUGUGGGGAUCAACUUUAUAUUGUUCACUACUAAAUGCCUUCUUCAUUUGGCCACAUGUUGGAGGUUUCAGCAUGUGGGCAGUAGUGCGUCUACUUUUACCUGGAGUGUGGAUCUUAUGGGAACCUUCUUUGGACACCCUUUAUGCUUUCUUGUUCUCGAUAAAUGUUAUUGGCUUCUUAUUCAUGACUGUUCUGAUCUUCUACUAUACGGGACUCCUUGUUACGAACACAACUACCCAUGAGAAUAAUAACCGCAAGGGGCAGAAAUAUGAUCACGGGACAGAACAUAACAUAAAGGUUACGCUUGGAGAACGUUGGUAUCUCACAUGGAUCUUCCCAACCAUGUCAUCCCCACUGACGUAUGAUGGUCUGGAUUGGUCCAAUCAGAUCACAAGCAGGAGUGUUAGACCUAAGACUAGGUAAACAACCUUUUAUUACUCUCAGUCCCACACUAGACUAUUGUCUACUAUGGAUGUCUUUAAGUACAAAAAAAUAUUAUGUAUGAUUCACCUAUGUGGAAAAAAUAACUAUGAUGUAAUUGUCUUUCACAAAUAACCCCAAAAAUGUAGCAUUAAUUAUUGUAAGCACAUAAAAGGCAAAAUACUGCAAUUUGACCUGGUAAAACAUAAAGGUAUAUUCUUCCACUGUUGUGGAUGUUGAAAUCUUGUGAUGCCCUGAAGAAGACUGCAUGAAGUGGAUUUUUAUAAUGUUGUUACUUCUUUUUCAAGCUAAAUACUCUGUAACAUCUAAUUGCAAUGGACAAUCACAGGAAGGUAUAUAGAAGAGAGUAAAAGUCACAUUCUCUACCACAAAUUUAGCCAGAUUAUUUUAUCACAUUGCACAUGCUCUGUUUCUGCACAAAUGCAUUUCUUUGUCCAGGAAUAUUUAGAAAGAUCACUUUGUGUUGGAAAUAUUCAAAUUGAACCUGGAUAUUUUGUUUUAUUGAUAUCCGUUAGUCUCUAGUCAGGUAAAAUUAGGUAAUUCCUUCCUUGUCCAGUUUGCCAGUGUCAUAUUUCAAUUUUCAGGUGGUACCUUAAGCAUCAUUUUAAGAUAAACUGAAGGUGGUUAUCAUUUUUCAGUGAAUUUAAAUAUGAUCAAAACAUAUCUUCAUGGAAAGACAGCUUUUAUGAAAAGAAACUCUAUGUUCAUAUGAAUACUUGAUUACAUAUAAUCUCAGUCCAUGAAUGAAGUUACUUAGGUAGAUUAGGUGUAGAUCAAGUAAAACCUAGUCAGUAAUUUUAAGCAAUACCUUUGAUUAACAAGAGUUUUCAUCCAGGAAUACUGCCUGUAGAUAAUAAUGUUGAUUUUUCCUUAUAUCUUGAUGCUAAUUUCAUUAGCUUGUAAUUAGGAUUGAUAUGCCGCAGGCUAACUUGAUAUUGUCGUAAAGUUAGUGAAGUCCAAUAUAUUUUGAUUCAAUGAUUUUUUUAUUUGCUUUGCGCAUUUUAACAUUUUCAGUAUUAUUUAAAUCCUGGCUGAAAGUUGUAAUGAAGGAGAGUAAUGUAAUUUAUGAAUGAAGGGCAGGGUAUUGAAGUCUAAAUCCAAUAUCUAUGCAUGCUUAUGCACAUGGUAGACAGAUGAGCAGACAGUCAUUUACAUACUCAGGUAGAGAUGCAGAUAGACCAAUUUUUAGAAAUCCACACAUCCCUUUAUGUACGUAGACACAUGCAUGUACGUAGACACACAAAUGAGCUUGCAGAUGUCCAACCAUGAAUACAUCCUUUUGCAUACGUGCAUGUACAGAUGCACAUUCACUCACACUCACACACUUACAUGCCUGCACCCAUGCCCAUGCCAGCACUCACACCUAUGCUUGCACAAUCCUCCACACCCAUGCCUGGCCCCCUGUCCACUUCCAUGUCUCUUUCCACAUCCACAAUCACAUCCACAUCCAUACUCACAUGCACACACACACACACACACACACACACACACACACACACACACACACAC